CAAACACACCCUAACUCCUAAACAGAAGUCCGUUCGCAAACCCUAACUCUAAAACACACACACACACACUCUCUCUCACACAGAGAUGGGUUUCUUCGACCUGAACAUACCCUACCUGGAAUCAGAUAAACUCAUCACCGACAAAGAAAAAUCCACCAGAAAAACGACCCGAUUGAAGCUCAUAGUGAAGGCAAUGGAGCUAGGUUACACUGGAGUUGCCUACAACCGUACGAUCAAGGGCGUGAUGUCAGAAUCGGACCGUUGCUCAAUCUCUCUCUUCCCUCUCUCCUCUAUACUCAAACUCGCUCCUUCCCUCUCUACCUCCGUGAAGUUCCACCGUGACCUCCUCAAUGUCCCCAUCUCUACCCCCUUCCGUCAGUACACGCGCUUGACUGUCAACGUCGAUGGUCCUUCUCAAGCUUCGUCCCUCAAUUCCGGCAAUCCCAUUCUCAAGAGUUAUGAUAUCGUCGCGGUUCGGCCUCUGAAUCAGAAUGCAUUCGAACAGGCGUGUCAGGCUUCUGAGGUGGAUUUGAUUUCUAUUGAUUUUUCUGAGAAGUUGCCGUUUCGGUUGAAGCAACCCAUGGUUAAAGCUGCAAUUGGGCGCGGUGUUUAUUUUGAAAUUAUGUACUCCAGUCUUAUGAUGGAUGCUCAAGUAAGGAGGCAAAUGAUAUCCAAUGCCAAGUUACUGGUUGAUUGGACUCGAGGAAAAAAUAUUAUCUUCUCCAGUGCUGCUCCUUCUGUAACUGAACUUAGAGGGCCAUAUGAUGUUGCAAAUUUGUCUUUGCUGCUUGGGCUUCCUAUGGAACGUGCUAAAGCAGCUAUUUCCAAAAAUUGUAGAUCUCUUUUAGCUAAUUCUCUAAGGAAAAAGCAGUGUUACAAGGAGGCCAUUAAAGUUGAAGUAAUAUCAUCAAGCGAAAGGGUUGACUCUGAGGAACAUUGGUCUCAUGACUGGCUUAAAUGGGAUCCUAUCUCCAGUGGUGAAGGUGAUUUGCUAUUAGAUGAUAUGGCAAAGUCUUUUUCCACCUCUAAUAAAACAUCCAAAACUGUGAAACCCAUUGAUUUUGCUUCUGUUGUGGAUAGCUUGCCAUCACAUGGUUUGCAAGUUAAGGAUUUCAUAUCUAUCACGAAGGCUGCGUCACAGCCACUGGACAUUCGUAAACACUUGUCUAUUGCUGAGGAAAUGGGGGUAGCAGCUGCGAUUAAUGGAAUAACGAAACAGCCCGACAGGCCUAAUCUUUUUGCGAAGGAAGAUCGGACUUCAUUGUGUAAUUCUCAAUUAAAAUGUCAGAGCUCAAUUACUGAAGAUUCCAGAAUGACAUUUUCACCAACUGACACCCUUAAAAAUUUCACUAAUACUGAGGAAAUUGUAACCGAUACCACCACUACUGAGGAAGAACCUAAAAGUUCAAAUGGGUUGGAGGCAUAUCUUGCCCCUACUGGAAUCGGAAUGCACGAUUUGCAGUCACAAAGUUGCAAAGCUAGUUGCCAAACCCAUGUUAUGUUAGCUGACCAUAACAUGUUUCAAAGUUUGGUGAAAGACACUGAUAUCUCAACUGUUAAUGCUGUUGCUGGUGCACAAAUUUUCAAUCCAUCGAAGGAUAUUGAAUGUUCUGCUUUUCAGAGUGAAGAGUCUGAGAGGUCAAAUGGUGUAGAUGCAGUUAUGGCUUCACCAAAUGUUACGUUGGAUGAAGUCUCAAUUGAAACAGAUGUAAGAAGUGAAGAUCCAUUUUUGUCCUCACAAGACAUGUCUUCUUUGGAAAGAGAACAGUUUAGGGAAACAAUAGAUGAUUCGAUUAGCCUUGCUGAUGGAUUGCCAGUACUGGAGCCUUAUGAUGGGAUGAAAGAUGAACAUAAUUAUAAAGAUUCGAUUAGCCUUGCUGAUGGAUUGCCAGUACUGGAGCCUUACGAUGGGAUGAAAGAUGAACAUAAUUAUAAAGCUGCAAAUAAUGAGCAAGUGGGGGAGGUGGUGAUGGAAGAGCAAAAGCAAACAGAAGAUCAUGUUGCAAUUAAUUAUGCAACCUUGGAUGAAUCUGUGUUAGGGAAAGGCAGAGUGAAACAGAAGAUGACGCAUCAACCUCUUUUAUUACCUUUCAAUCGUGUGUUGCAUCCUAGGCUUUUCAAGAAGAAACCUCGAAAUUCAAAUAAGAAGUUCUAGAUCCUUUAACUUGUAAGCAUUCCCUCUUAAAUUAUUAUUGUUGAUGGACAUCUUUAUGAUUGCUUAGAUGUUCUCACCAUUUUCUAAUUGUUUUAUUUCUUAUUAUUUAGGUUAAAAAGUUGUAAAUUUAUAUCAAUCCUUAUUAAAAUUUGUGUUCUUUCAUUUUGGCUAUGACAUAAAUUUUGUCUUGAUCGAAGAGGAUAAAUUCUUCACCCUUUUGUCAAGAAUUGGCAGUUUAUUACGAAAAUAAGUUAAAUUUGCAGUACGGCUCUCACUAUUAGAUGGUAUAAAACUGUUGUACGCAAUUAGAGUAGAAGAAACCAUGCAAGAAAUUGAAUUGUUCCUUGCUUAAUAUUACAAUAUAUAUACUAAUCAACGCAAUAAUGACAACAUAUUAAAUGUUUUUUUGGCUUGUAUGUUUCGUGCAUGGGGAAUUCUUGUUACAUGCAAAUAGAUUUACUAUGUAGAAAUAAAUGUUCACAUUGAGUCUAUUAAAGUUCUACCAAUGGGCCAUUUGGUAUAACCUCCCUACCCUUAAACAGGAGAGAGGUUCGAGCCCCAGCGUGGGAAACGUGUGUGUGAGUACUUGAUAAAAAAAAAGUUCUGGUCUUAUUAGAUCUGACAGGAGAAUGAAAAAUCUUUCUAAUUUAAUUAUUUGUUUAGCAGGUAGAAAACAGAGCAUUUUGUGGGCUGGUAUGUUGGGAAAUGUUGACAGAUCAUUUUAUUGGUUACUAAGAAAGUAAGAAGCCAGUUGCUGAAAAGGCUUAAAAAAAUAGAAGGGAAAAAAGCUACUAUGGGAUGUUUUCACCCUCAACCCCAUUAUGUACUUAAAAAGAAAGUAAGAAAAAGGAAAGGAAAAGAUUCUGGAGUAGUGGGUAAUUACAUUUGUAGAACAUAGAAGAUAACUGAAGGAAAAAAAAAAAAAAAAUGGAAAAGAAAU